AUGGCUACCACAGUGAACGGAAACAUUCCGCUACCUCCUGCCAUUACAUCCAACACCAUUCGCGUGAGAGAUUUGGAUGUUCAUUUUCUUCAAGCUUUGCCUCCGCCAAAUCCUUCCAUUCCGCAGCCACCUCUGGUAAUUCUUCUUCACGGAUUUCCAGAGCUGGCUUACUCCUGGCGGAAGGUUAUGGUGCCUCUAUCCGAGGCAGGAUACAAUGUCGUGGCACUAGACCAAAGAGGGUAUGGUCGUACAGUGAUGCUUGGUUCAUCUGGUGCUCCUUCAGGACCUAUCAAUUUCAGCAAUGAUCUGGCACCUUUUCGUAUGUUCAACUUGGUAACCGAUAUUGUUUCGUUCGUCAGUGUAAUUAGUUAUCAAAGUGUUGCUGCAGUCGUGGGUCACGACUUUGGCUCUAUGGUCGCAGGAUAUUGUGCGCUUAUAAGGCCCGAUCUCUUCAGGUCCUUAGUGGUGAUGAGUGCGCCAUUUCCGGGAGCACCACCAUUUCGCUCUUCUUUGAGCACGGCCUCUCUGUUCACAAAGCAGCUUGCGGAACUGAACCCAUCGCGCAAGCAUUAUACAAUGUACUUCUCUACAUCAGGAAAACCACCUCCGGAAAAUCGGGCACUAAUUUUCCUCUCAUGCGAUUACUUUUACGCGAAGAGUGCGGACUGGCCCAAGAAUAACCCUCACCCACUGCCAUCUGCUUCUGCAUCGAACCUGGCCACGGUACCCCAUUACUAUAUCAUGCUUCUCGAGCAUACCAUGCCCAUGGCGGUUAUGGGGGCUGCAAGUGAAGGUACCCGUCCAUUACAGGAGUGGUUGCCAGACGAGGACCUCUCUUUCUACGUCUCAGAGUACUCCAGGACUGGCUUCCAAGGCGGUUUGAAUUGGUACCGCUGCAUGACGGACGCGAAGUGGACUGCGGAUAUGCAAGCCUUCACUGGGAAACGCGUAACGGUGCCAGCGAUGUUUCUCUCUGGAGACAAGGAUUGGGGUGUGUACCAAAGUCCUGGUUCUUUGGAAAGAAUGAAAGACUACGUAUGCGAAAACAUGGACAAAGAAGAUGUCGUUCUGCUCCCUGACACAGGGCACUGGGCGCAGCAGGAGCAAAGUGAGGCCGUUGUCAAUCAUCUACUAAGGUUUUUAGCAAAGGUAUCAUUACAUUACAUUUUCACUACUUUGUGUGUUACUGACCUUUCGAGCCCCUUCACAGGUCAAAAUGAUUAUAAGUCCGAUAUAACCAAUUUGUAUACAGUAUACCGUUAUUCCUCCAUCUAUUGUAACAUUGAGUACUCGAAGUUUUAA